UCUUAUUACACUUCUAGGUUGAUGGAUGUUUGUGCCUCUGCUCGUUCAGACCGCGAGACCAAAGUGACCCUUGUAUUUGAACAUGUGGAUCAGGACUUAAAGACAUACUUGGAUAAAGUCCCUCCUCCAGGCCUUCCUUUAGAGACUAUUAAGGAUCUAAUGAGACAGUUUCUCUCUGGCUUAGAAUUUCUCCACCUUAACUGCAUAGUGCAUCGUGACUUAAAACCAGAAAACAUCUUAGUGACAAGCAGUGGACAGGUGAAAUUAGCAGACUUCGGCUUAGCUCGCAUUUACAGCUGUCAGAUGGCUCUCACACCAGUGGUAAGUUGCCAGUGAAACUGUAGAUAAAUCUUUUAAAUGUGAUUUCUUUAUAAUUUGUUCAGAAGAAAUAUGUUCUAAGAUACUUGCUUUCCUUUGUAUUGUUUAAGAGUGGUGGCUAAGUGUUUUAGUGUAUUUACUUCUAAUUUAUGUCCACAGCAAAGGUAAAAGCAAGAAAGACCAGAAUACCUACAGAUUUUUUUUUUUUUUUUUUUUAAAUGGAUGGCCUUAAACUGAGCAUUUAAUUUUUUUUAUAGUGAUGCAUAACAUUGUUUCCAAUAAAGCAGCAGAAAGUUGGUUAUCAGCCAAUGAUCUGUUGGACCCCUUGGUGGCAGUUCUAUAGUGUUCACAACAGAAAGGAGUUCCGAUGUAAACACUUAGUAAAAAUGAAAUCACGCGAAUACCGAUGCGAUUGUCUGUCUGAUUUCAAGACCGGAAUCGGAUCGUGGGGGACUGCCUACGCUGCUAGGCACGUCCCCCAAGCCGAUAUCUAUG